AUGUCCAGCUCCAUUGGCACUAUGUUCUCCGGUUACUUGAUGACCGCGACGUACAGGCUGAAUAACGUUCAAGGGUAUAGAGGCUGGCAGUGGCUUUUUAUCGUAAACACCAUCAUCAGCCUUCCCAUCGCCAUUGCCGGGUUCUUCUUCUUUCCCGAUGUCCCCGAGAUCACAAGGGCAUGGUGGCUGAAGCCAGAGGAGAUUGAACUUGCCAAAAGGCGCAUGGAACUGGAAGGUCGAGCAAACCGUGGAAGGUACAGCAAAGCCAAGUUCAAGAAGAUUUUCAGCAGCUGGCACAUUUAUAUGCUGACACUGCUCUACGUUCUCUUCAACAACGGCUCGAACUAUGGUAGCCAACCUGUAUUUGCCUUGUGGCUCAAAAGUGAAGGCUAUUCAGUUUCAGCAGUCAAUUCGUACCCUACCCUGACUCCUGCAGUCCAGAUCAUCUUCACGCUCAUCUAUGCAUGGACUUCGGACACCGUGUUUCGCGGGGAGCGUUGGCCGUGUAUUGUGUUUUCUGGCGUCGUUAACAUCAUCACCAACACGAGCAUGGCAGUCUGGAACAUACCCAACGGGUGGAAGUGGACUUGCCUGAUCCUUGGAUCGAUUGGAGGUGGCAUCUCCGGAAUCAACAUGGCUUGGGCACAUGAGAUUUGUAGUGAUGACAAUGAGGAGAGGGCCUUGGUGGUAGGAACCAUGAACGAGAUGGCCUAUGUCGUUCAGGCCUGGCUGCCACUGUUGAUCUGGCAACAGGUCGAAUCUCCUCGGUACCAGAAAGGAUUCAUCACAAUGGUGUUUGUCGCGGCUGGACUGAUUGCCACUGCCCUAACGAUCAGAGUACUGCACAGAAAGGAGAGGGCCAAGAAAUUGCGGGCACAAGAGACAGAGGGUUGA